AAAGAGACAGAGCACAACGGUGGUGACUGAUCUCGCCCCGUGGGCGCCGGGUCGGAGGCCUGCGGGGUGCGCCGGCGCCGGGAAGGCAGGGCGUUCAGAGCCACACACACAGAGCCCACCAGCCCAUCCGUGUACUCACUUUAAUUCCCCAACCAUUCCGGGAGCCGCAUGACUUUGGCGUUCAAGAUCCUCUUCCCGGCGACCUUCCGCGCGCUCUGCCGUAAAGAACCGUGCCUGUUCCGGAAACGCCUCUGGACUGACGUAAAACAGUUCAGCCGGUGGCCAGAAACAGAUCGGCUUCAUGGGCGCCGCCUCCUGCAGAAGAGAGAGCCAUUUCUGUCCUUCCAAAGCGGCCGUCUGAGACCGCGCGCCGCCCGCCUCGUCUCCUCGCCAGGGUCGCAUGCGGGACUCUGCGGCGAGCCCUGCGAGAUGGCCGAGCAGCGCUUCUGUGUGGACUAUGCCAAGCGCAGCACGGCUGGCUGCAAGAAAUGCAAGGAGAAGAUCGUGAAGGGCGUGUGCCGCAUCGGCAAAGUGGUGCCCAACCCCUUCUCCGAGUCCGGGGGGGAGAUGAAAGAGUGGUAUCACGUAAAGUGCAUGUUUGAGAAGCUGGAGCGGGCCCGGGCCACCACCAAGAAGAUCGAGGACCUCACGGAGCUGGAAGGCUGGGAAGAGCUGGAAGACGGCGAGAAGGAGCAGAUAAGCCAGCACAUAGCAGAUCUGUCUUCCAAAGCGGGAGGCACGCCCAAGAAGAAAGCCGUCGUGCAGGCAAGGCUCACGGCCACCGGCCAGGUGACGUCUCCGGGGAAAGGGCCUUCAGUGGCCCCCGGCACCCACCCCCGGAAGUUUUCUGGCUUUGCAGCCAGGCCCAACAGCUCCGGGGAGGCCUGCCCAAGCCCCACGCCGAAGAGAAGCCUCUCCUCGAGCAAGUGCGACCCCAAGCACAGGGACUGCCUGCUGCGCGAGUUUCGGAAGCUGUGCGCCACGGUGGCCGAGAACCCCAGCUACAACACGAAGACCCAGAUCAUCCAGGACUUCCUCCGGAAGGGCUCCGCGGGAGAUGGUUUCCAUGGUGACGUGUACCUCACGGUGAAGCUGCUGCUACCCGGUGUUGUUAAGAGUGUUUACAACCUGAACGAUAAGCAGAUUGUGAAGCUUUUCAGCCGCAUCUUUAACUGCAACCCGGACGACAUGGCUCGAGACCUGGAACAGGGCGACGUGUCGGAGACCAUCCGGGUCUUCUUCGAACAGAGCACGUCCUUCCCGCCCGCCGCCAAGAGCCUGCUCACCAUCCAGGAGGUGGACGAGUUCCUGCUGCGGCUCUCCGGGCUCAGCAAGGAGGACGAGCAGCAGCAGGCCCUGCAAGACAUCGCCUCCAGGUGCACAGCCAACGACCUCAAAUGCAUCAUCAGGCUGAUCAAGCACGACCUGAAGAUGAACUCAGGUGCCAAACACGUGUUAGACGCCCUCGACCCCAAUGCCUACGAAGCCUUCAAAGCCUCGCGCAACCUGCAGGACGUGGUGGAGCGGGUCCUGCACAAUGAGCAGGAGGUGGAGAAGGAGCCGGGCCGCAGGCGGACCCUCAGCGUGCAGGCCUCCCUGAUGACCCCGGUGCAGCCCAUGCUGGCCGAGGCCUGCAAGUCCAUCGAGUACGCGAUGAAGAAGUGUCCUAACGGCAUGUUCUCGGAAAUCAAGUACGACGGGGAGCGCGUGCAGGUGCACAAGAGUGGGGACCACUUCAGCUACUUCAGCCGCAGCCUCAAGCCCGUCCUGCCGCACAAGGUGGCCCACUUCAAGGACUACAUCCCCCAGGCUUUCCCGGGGGGCCACAGCAUGAUCCUGGACUCGGAGGUGCUCCUGAUCGACAACCAGACGGGCAAGCCGCUGCCCUUCGGGACGCUGGGCGUGCACAAGAAAGCCGCCUUCCAGGACGCGAACGUCUGCCUGUUUGUCUUCGACUGUAUCUACUUCAACGAGGUCAGCUUGAUGGACAGGCCUCUGUGCGAGCGGCGCAAGUUCCUUCACGACAACAUGGUGGAGAUCCCCAACCGGAUCAUGUUCUCGGAAAUGAAGCGCGUGUCCAAAGCGUCGGACCUGGUCGACAUGAUCAACCGCGUGAUCCGGGAGGGGCUGGAGGGGCUGGUGCUGAAGGACGUGAAGGGCACCUAUGAGCCUGGAAAGCGGCACUGGCUGAAAGUGAAGAAAGACUACUUGAACGAGGGGGCCAUGGCUGACACAGCUGACCUGGUGGUCCUUGGGGCCUUCUACGGGCAGGGGAGCAAAGGUGGCAUGAUGUCCAUCUUCCUCAUGGGCUGCUACGACCCGAGCAGCCAGAAGUGGUGCACGGUCACCAAGUGCUCGGGGGGCCACGACGACGCGACGCUGGCCCGCCUGCAGAAGGAGCUGGACAUGGUGAAGAUCAGCAAGGACCCCAGCAAGAUCCCCAGCUGGCUGAAGGUCAACAAGAUCUACUACCCUGACUUCAUCGUCCCAGACCCAAAGAGAGCCGCCGUGUGGGAGAUCACAGGGGCCGAGUUCUCCAAGUCCGAGGCGCACACGGCCGAUGGCAUCUCCAUCCGCUUCCCUCGCUGCACCCGAAUCCGGGACGAUAAGGACUGGAAAUCGGCCACUAACCUCCCCCAACUCAAGGAGCUGUACCAGCUGUCCAAGGAGAGGGCGGACUUCACCGUGGUGGCCGGGGACGAGGGGAGCUCCCCCGCGGGGGGCAGCAGCGGGGAGAACGAGGGGGCCUCGGGGCCGUCCCCGAAGGCCAGAGCCUCCCCGGAGCAGCCCCCCACCAGUGCCAAGAAGGCCCAGGGGAAGCUGCGUCACUCCGGCAGCGGAGGCGGCCCCACGCUGGCUGCAGAGCCUUCCGCUGUGAGAGGGGCAGAGAGGCCGGGCGUGAAGACUCCUGUGAAGGUGGGAGAGAAGCGCAAGGCCUCUGACGAGAUCCCGUGCCCGGCGAAAGUGCUGCUGGACAUCUUCUCGGGGGUGCGGCUCUACCUGCCGCCCUCCACACCCGACUUCAGCCGUCUCAGGCGCUACUUUGUGGCAUUCGAUGGGGACCUGGUCCAGGAGUUUGACGUGGCCUCGGCCACACAUGUGCUGGGCGGCGGGGACAAGAACCCUGAGGCCCAGCAGGUCUCCCCAGAGUGGAUUUGGGCUUGUAUCCGGAAACGGAGACUGGUCGCUCCCUGCUAGGGCCUCUGCCUCCCCUCCCCCUGGUGGCCUGCCCUCCCCCACCACAGGCUGCGUCUACAGUCUACCGCCGGGGCAGAGGACCGGGUGGGGACGGACUCUCUCCUCCAAGCGGUGUCUUCCAAACCCCCCGGCCACACACGGUCUCUCCCCGCCAGGGCCCGGUGCUCUGUUCCGCCAGGGAAGCCCUCUCUCCUGCUGCUUGUAUGGAUCUCUCGGAUCUGGGUGCUGGUUUGUUGUCAUCUGUUUUCUUUAAAAAGAAGCUUUUACUCCUUUUCUGAAUAAAAUACCUGCAAUGA